UUUAGUUAUAAUUUUUUAGUACGAUAAUUGAAAUGGCUUUUACAACAUGCUUGUGGUGUAUAGUAUUCCUUGUUGGUUAUGUCAGUUUAGUAAUUUGUGAUAACUUUAAGGAUAAUGGAAAUAAUACAAAGGAAUAUCUCAAAAAUUCAACGUUAGCCAUUAACGGCACUUCACAAGAUUUAUAUGUGAUAAAAACCAUUGUAUAUGAAGUUGGUAUACUAACAGAUGCCAGUAACGACACCGAUAUACCUUUAAAUGAAACGCAUGAACAAGUAGACUUGUCCUUUUUUGACCCGAAUCAUAAUGGAAGCUUCAUAGAUUUAUCGAAAAUUCCUGUUCCGAUUCAGACAAACAUAAGUGGAGUUUCAGUAACUGGCGUUCUACCUGUUGAUUUAGGUUCAAUUUUUCUUCCGCAAAAUGGGUCGGCUCCAGAGCUUAGUUCCAACUUCCCAAUUUUACCAAACAAACAAAUUAAAGUAACCCAAAACAUUAGCACAGACAAUCCAGAAAAGGGAUCCCAAAUCGUGUCCAACCUACCACAACUUUUGGGAUUAACAAAUGAAACCAAAAAUGAAAGUGUCAAACUUUUUAAUUAGGUAAUAAUUGAUUUAUUUUUGUGCUUCAAACUACAUAAUAAAUUACUUAUAACCACAA